AUGGCGAGACUCUCUGGCCGUAUACCAGAGGUGUGGAAGAGGAUUCACGAGUGGGCAAACGACCCCAGGCUCGUGAACGACGUUUCCCCAGACACUUGUGCACAGACAUGGGACCAAUAUCGUCAGUAUUUCAGGCCCAACUGCGUGUCCGACGCAGAUAUGGAGAUGUUGAUCUCAUUGCUGCAACGUAUCCUUGUGCUUGAUCCGGAUGAGCGUCCUAGUGCAGCAGAGAUUCUCGAAGACGCUUGGUUCACACUCGAAUAA